AUGUCCGGCCUCGUGCUCAUCCUCCUCGCCAUCGCUUGCGUCGCCUCCUGGCCGACCGCGGCGAGCGGAAAGGGGGCUCGCGGCGCGGCCUCGUCCGCCACCGUCUGCCUCGCCGUCGCCACUGUGUGCCUCACCUGCGUGGCGGCGGCGCCUGUCGGUUUCUUCGCAAGCGCCUUCUCGUGGCUCGCGAUGGGUCCGCCAAAGGUCGCCGCCGCGGUCGCCACCCUGGCCGUCGUCGGCAAGGUGACGUGGCGCCGCAACUCAAAUGCCCGCCGCCUCGUCUGUUCCACAGCCUGCUCGGCGUCCUACUCUGCUUGGCCACCGUCGCUGGCGGUUUCUGUCGCUGGCGGCGCCGCGCUCGUCGCAUCCUCAACGACCGUGCUCUUCAUCACAGCUGCCCUCCUCGUCGCCGCAGUUUGCAGCUGGCGGCUCGUCGGGAUGGCAGGCGGCCGAGACGACAAGGGCAGCUCGAGAUCCGCCUCGCUCGAGCCUGCCGAACGUCGUUCCCGCCAUCGCACGCCGUCUCAGAUUCACCACCAGCAGUUCAACUCACAUAGCUGCUUGGUCCUGCUUUGCGCCUUUGGUAUGCUUGCUCCUUGCGAGGCUCAGUUUUCGACACGAGCUUUCGUCCAGCGCGGGUUUCCGGGUACGAAUGGGCGACAUUACGCUAAUCGUUACGCCUUUGCCGCGGUCAAGGCGGACGGCGCCGUCACCGCGUGGGGCGACUCUUCGUACGGCGGCAGCGGCGCGCCGACCGACACCGGCUACACCGCCCUCUACUCGACUGGGUACGCCUUUGCCGCGCUCAAGGCGGACGGCUCCGUCACCGCGUGGGGCGAAUCUUCGCGCGGCGGCAGCGGCGCGCCGACCGACACCGGCUACACCGCCAUCUACUCGAAUUGGCGCGCCUUUGCCGCGGUCAAGGCGGACGGCUCCGUCACCGCGUGGGGCUACUCUUCGUACGGCGGCAGCGGCGCGCCGACCGACACCGGCUACACCGCCAUCUACUCGACUGGGCACGCCUUUGCCGCGCUCAAGGCGGACGGCUCCGUCACCGCGUGGGGCGACUCUUCGUACGGCGGCAGCGGCGCGCCGACCGACACCGGCUACACCGCCCUCUACUCGACUUGGCGCGCCUUUGCCGCGGUCAAGGCGGACGGCUCCGUCACCGCGUGGGGCUACUCUUCGUACGGCGGCAGCGGCGCGCCGACCGACACCGGCUACACCGCCAUCUACUCGGCUGGGCGCGCCUUUGCCGCGCUCAAGGCGGACGGCUCCGUCACCGCGUGGGGCGGCUCCUCAAAGCUUCUGGGCGGUCGUUAA